CGCAUCACGCAUAGUGCGUCUGUUAGAGCGUAGAGGUCCCCCCUUUAAAUCCCCCAUGGUAUAAAUUUCGUUGCUUUCAAACGGCUUCCCUGCUCCUGCACUUAUCCUCUCUCUCUCUCUGUCUCUCUCUCUCUCUCUCUCCAUGAAUAUACUGAGCAAGUUAAAGCUGCAGAAGAAGAAAGAGGCAGAAAAAGAACAGCAGCGUCCUGAUUUCUGGAUCGAAAUCAAUGAUUCCCUCUCCCAUCUGUAUCGAUUCAAUAAUGACGGCCGUCUCUCUAUGGCAACGGUUGAUGACUCGAGGCCAGUUGUCCACAGGAUGGUUGAAUCUUUCCUAAAUACAUUUUUCCCAUCAGGGUAUCCUUACAGUGUGAAUGAAGGUUACUUGACAUACACUCAAUUCCGGGCACUGCAACAUUUUUCCAGUGCAGCACUAUCAGUGCUGUCAACUCAGUCACUGCUAUUGGCUGCAGGCUUGCGACCAACCCCUGCACAGGCGACUGUUGUGAGUUGGAUCUUAAAGGAUGGCAUGGAGCACAUGGGAAAGCUCAUUUGUAGCAAUAUGGGGGCAAGAAUGGAUUCAGAACCAAAACGUUGGAGGAUAUUGGCGGAUGUGCUUUAUGACCUUGGUACUGGCUUAGAAGUUCUCUCUCCAUUAUGCCCCCAUCUUUUUCUUGAAAUGGCUGGCCUCGGCAAUUUUGCAAAGGGAAUGGCGGUUGUUGCUGCAAGAGCAACACGAUUGCCAAUAUAUUCUUCUUUUGCCAAAGAAGGCAACCUUAGUGACCUAUUUGCGAAAGGGGAGGCCAUCUCAACUCUUUCCAAUGUUGCAGGAAUAGGAGUAGGCAUUCAAUUAGCAUCCACAGUUUGUUCAUCACUACAAGGAAAGUUGUUAGUUGGCCCACUGCUUUCUGCUGUGCAUGUUUACUGUGUAUCUCAAGAAAUGCGAGCAGCUCCUGUUAACACAUUGAACCCACAGCGGACAGCCAUGAUUGUAGCAGAUUUUCUCAAGACAGGAAAAGCAUCAAGCCCAGCCGACUUAAGAUACCGAGAAGAUCUCCUCUUUCCAGAGCGACUCAUAGAAGAUGCUGGGAAUGUGAAGGUGGGUAGGGCUAUACACAAGGUUGUCAAGAAACCAUCGAAACUUGUUGAGUUGAGAGAACUAUUCCCAAAGGAGAAAUUUCUAAUAAAUCGUGAAAAUAAGCAGACCGACAUGGUUUUGGAGCAUACUGCUACAGGUGAAGAUGCAUUGAAGGGUUGGUUGAUCGCUGCAUAUGCUGCAGAUUUGGAUAGGUUUGGGCAUAUGCCUAGUGAUGUGGUCUUACGUGAGGCAUACAUGAAAGUGGAAAAUGUCUUCCCCACAUUUGUAUCUGAACUGAAGAUGAAGGGGUGGCAUACGGACCGUUUUCUUGAUGGAACGGGGAGCCGGUUCUCAUGGAAGCAAGUGAAAUCAAUUUCCAUGGAGAGAUCUCAGGAAGCAAAUGAAAAUGUACGACCAUUUAAGAGCCCAGUCUUUUCAUCUUCAGCCUCUUUCCAGACCAUAAUCAGAAGGUCUUCAAAGCAAUGGUGCUACUAUCCUAUGGUUCUUCUCUGGGAAGUGCUCUCAGAUUGCAGUUGUAUGUUCUCCAACCAGAGCUGUGUUGAUUUGUAUGUUCUCUUUGCUGUUCAGUUUGUUUGAUCAAAUCCUUGUGUCACACACACACACACACACACACACACACACACACACACACAUA